CUAAGGCCCAAUAGUAGCUGAAACACGACAUCUAAAGUUUUAGAACGGAGCAUAAAGAAUCUUCGAAAGCAACCGUUUUUAACUAACCUUAAGCACCACCUCAAGUCUCCUUUUCAUCUCACUCUUCCUCUGCAUCAUCAUCCACCUCUUCUCCACCAAAUCCUAAACCCUAACCAAAUGUAUCAAUCCAUGAACCUAUCCGUUUCUUCUAACUUCACCCAACGAUCCCUCUCCGAAUCAAGAUUCCGCAAACCCCUCCAUCUCAAGCCUCCCCGCGUCUCAUCAGGCCCUGAAUCCGACCUCUCAGGCGCCAAAACCCUAACCGAGAACCUCAUCUCUCUCCUCAGAGCCGUCCCCGACUGGGCAGACGAGAUCAAAGAGCGUGGGAUGCAGCAGAAACGCACUCUCUACACUCACGAGAAAUGGGUCGAACACAGGAGCUCUCUCCGCCAUGUACACCACUUGUUCUCGAGCUUCUCUUCGCGCGUCAUACUCUCUCUGUUCCCUCCUGUCUUCUUCUUCACGUCCGUUGCUAUCGUCAUCGCGAGCUACAACUCUGCAGUGGCUUUGGACUGGCUUCCUAGCAUCUUCCCCAUUCUGAGAUCCUCUUCUCUGCCGUAUCAGCUCACGGCUCCUGCUUUGGCGCUGCUUCUCGUGUUCCGCACGGAAGCUUCGUAUUCUAGGUAUGAAGAAGGGAGGAAAGCUUGGGUUGGGAUCAUUGCUGGAACUGAUGAUUUAGCUAGGCAAGUGAUUUGUUCCGUUGGUAGCUCUGGUGAUGAGUUGGUUAUUAAAGACUUGCUUCUUCGUUACGUUGCAGCUUUCCCUGUGGCUCUUAAGUGUCAUGUUACUUAUGGUUCAGAUGUGGCAAGAGACCUCCAGAACUUGAUAGAAGGAGAUGACUUGUCUCUGAUUCUUGAAUCUAAGCAUCGUCCUCGUUGUGUAAUCGAGUUCAUUUCUCAGAGCCUUCAGCUGCUGAAACUAGACGAUACCAAGAGAGAUUUGUUGGAAUCAAAGAUGCUGCAGUUACAUGAAGGCAUUGGAGUGUGUGAACAGCUAAUGGGCAUUCCCAUUCCUCUCGCUUACACACGCUUAACCUCGAGGUUUUUAGUCUUUUGGCAUCUAACUCUACCAAUCAUUCUCUGGGAUGAGUGCCAUUGGAUUGUUGUUCCUGCUACUUUCAUCAGUGCUGCUUCUCUCUUCUGCAUUGAAGAAAAGAGCCAUUCCCUAUGUUGGCCUUAGACGAGCUUUGUGAUCUUGUGCAUAGUAACAUCCAAGAAGCUGUUAAAUCUGAGUCUAUCAUACGUAACCGGAUCGUUGCAAAGAUAAGGCUCCACGAAGUCAACCACUCAUCAAAUGGUCGGCACAGAUCUUAGUUUAGCUUUGAUGUUUACAUAUUUGUAUAGAAACACUUUAUACGAGUUGGUAGGGGAAUCUGUAUAUGUUGUAUAUAUGCAAGCUUCAGCAUCAGCUAAGUUUGAUCUUCUAUUAAAAAUUACUACAUUGUUUGCAAUAUUCUGUAGAAUAUUGUAUACAAUACAACUUAACAUACACUAAUCACUCAA